GCACGGAGAUCUACCUCAACAAGAUCGGGCUCCGAAUGGUGGCAGGCAUGGAGAUCUACCACAACAAGAUCGGGCUCUUCGUGGCGUCGGUGAACUUCCACAACAAGAUCGGGCUCUUCGUGGCGUUGGGGAACUUCUUCAUCAAGAUCGGGCUUCGCAUGGCGCUGGAGAACUUCUUCAUCAAGAUCGGGCUUUGGGUGGCAUUGGAGAACUACCUCAUCAAGAUCGGGCUUUGCGUGGCUUUGGAGAACUUCCUCAUCAAGAUCGGGCUUCGCACGGCUUUGGAGACCUUCCUCAUCAAGAUCGGGCUUCGCUGCAUGGCGCUGGAGAUCUACAUCAAGGUCGAGCUCUACAUGGUGACGCUGCAGUUCGCGAACUACGUGGUCUUCCUCAAGAAGGGCGUCUUCAUGGUGGAGGUCAAGGGCAUGAAACUUUGGGUGUCGCACCAAUGCCGGCAUCAUGGGAGUCGUCUGGUGGAGGACGUGGUGGUGGAAAUCAAAAUGCAGCCAACAACAAAGCGGCUGUCAAGCAAGCUUCAGUUGGAAAAGGUCAUGAUGGUGGAGUUGCAAGCUCAACAACUGAUCAAACCUCUUCUAGUACGUGCGCUGAUGGUCCAGGACUGUGUGCUGAGAGUCAAUGUGGAACUUCACAAUGGAUGUCCCUACGUUGCUCAUGAAUUUGGAGCGAAACUGCUGACGGUUUUGGAACAGCAUCAAAUUCAACAAGAGCUGAAAAAGAUGACCUUGAAGUCAAUCUUGACAAGAGGGGCUGCCGGUCUUGGCGACAAAAUGAGCAUUGAAAUGGCGAUGCUUGUCAAGCUCAAGGAGGUCAUGCCGACUUUGCCUGAAGAUUUGGCGUUGAAGCUGGUCCCAGAUCUCUCAGUGCUCACGGACCCCAACAUCGGCUUGAACCUUCCAUGGAAUCGCAGAAAGCGAAAAAGACUCAUGAUGGCAAAGAAUGUGAUCAUCCACAUGUACAGUGGACCUGAUGCUUCUUACUGGGAGCGGCGUUUGUCAAAUGAGCACACUGAGGUGCUGUGCGUGGACUUGGAAGCUUCAACACCUUCAAAUGCUUUGGAUGAAACAACCUUUGCGUUUUUGCUUUCCUUGUGCGCCAGCAAACGUGUCAAAGCUCUACUUGGAGGCCCUCCAUGCAGAACAACAAGUGCUCUCAGGUUUCAAAAAGAUGAUGGUCCACCAAUUCUUCGAACAGAAGAUCACCCAUAUGGUUUGCCAUCAUUGACUCCACAACAAGCUGAAUUGGUCACCAAUGACUCAAUUCUGUGGCUCCGUUUGAUGCUGAUGUACAUCCUCUGCGAAGAAGUGCGUCCAAAAGAACAAGCUCAAACUGCAUUUCUUUGUGAACAACCUCAAGACCCAGCGGAAUACCGCAAGAAGGAGGAUGUGGAUGAGCACCAGUACUUUUCAAUGUGGAGAACUCAGGAAUGGAAAAGCUUCCAAGAAGCCUACAACGCCAAGCUGAUCUCCUUUGAUCAAGGGCUGCAGUUGCUGAAGCAAUCAGCAGAUGGAUUCGCCGUGAAGCGCCUCCACGUGAAGGACCUGAAGAUCCUGUUGGCGUUGUUUACGCCGAUGAUGAUGUCCGACCUGCUGGUGUCGCUGCCAUUGGAAAUGUUGCCCUUCAACAAUGGAAGCAACACUACAUGCAGGACCACAUGCCGGCCCGUCGAGAUUGCAGCCACUGUGUACGUUCUCAAGGUCGCAGUCGAGCACAUCGCCGAGUUUGUCAUCCGGAAGAUCACCCUUUGCCUGGCCUUGAUGACCCUGAGCUCUCUGGUGAUCCUCAAGAACAACAACCUGGAGAUGGUCAACCACCUCAACAACAUGUUGAACGAGAUCAACAACAAGCGAGCCAUGAAGCUCAACAUGAACAAGGUCUUCCUGCUGGUGUUGCACAAGAUGAACCUGAUCCUCUCCAAGAAGAAUCGGUUCCUGACCUUGUGGAGGAUGAAGAGGUGA